UGCGAGCGUCGGGCGGCAAACGAACUCAGAACGUUGCCGCUGCGCAAACGCAAAGCACGCGCCCCAAAGCCACACACACACCACGACACACACGCACACUCACACACACUUAAGACACAUCCCUUGAUCCCUCCGCCACGCCCUCCGCCCCCUAUGCAAGCCGGCUUGCUGGAAAAAUAUUUCCCAGUUUUUUUUUUUUUUGCGAUUUCGACGGACAUUAAAAUUUCUGAAAUACUUCGAACUUAAUCGCUGAGACUUUUCGAAAACAUUUUUGAAAUUUUUCCAAUUAAAAUUUAAAUACCUUGUUUUUUGCGUAUUUUGUUUUGUUUUUCAAGUUCGAAAGCUGUUGUUGCUGUGUUUUGUGUGUGUUUUUGUCGAAGUUUUCGAAUUUUUUCGAGUGCCAACGAUUUAGUGUCGCCCCAGUGGAGUGUAAUUUCAAAAAUAUUCAGGUAAAAAAUAAUACAGGCGACCAACUGGGGAGUCAUCGUGGGGAUGUGGAUGCCCAGGACAGUGACCAGGAUGAUGCUACUCGCAGUCCUUAUCGCCUUUUUGGCAUCUGGAGUCCAAGGACAUGGCCGUUUGAUGGAUCCUCCGGCCAGGAACGCCAUGUGGCGCUUCGGUUACCCCAAUCCCGUCAACUACAACGACAACGAGCUCUUCUGCGGCGGCUACGCCAUCCAGUGGGAGAAGAACAGUGGCAGGUGCGGAGUCUGCGGAGACGCCUACCACGUCAAGUCCCCGAGGCCCCAUGAGGCUGGCGGGGAAUACGCCAAGGGCAUCAUCUCCAGGUACUACACCGCCGGCCAGGAGAUCGACGUGGAGGUGGAGCUGACCGCCAACCACUACGGACGCUUCGAGAUCUUCCUCUGCCCGAACAACAAUCCCCGCCAGGAGGCCACCCAGGAGUGCUUCGAUCGGUAUCCGCUCAUCAUCUCCGGCAGUCGGGAGCACCGCUACCUCAUCCCCCGCGACGCCAAGAAGAAGGACAUAUUCCGCUACCGGGUCCGCCUACCUCCCUACGUGACCUGCACCCAGUGCGUCCUCCAGUGGACCUACUACACGGCGAACAUGUGGGGCACCUGCGCGAACGGCACCGAGGCGGUGGGCUGCGGCAAGGCCGAAACUUUCCGAAACUGUGCAGAUAUAGCCAUUAUAUCCAAUACAGGCGGUGGAGUUCCUCCGAUCUUUGUGAACAACAAGUCGCCAUAUCUACUAUACUACAGGGACUAUAGAGCUCCAGCGGAUAACAACAUAUUCCCCCUUAUCGUGCGAGAUCAGAAGUGCAUUGGAGCUCCCGCCUUUAGGACUCUGCCUGGCAUCGACAACUGGUGCGAAAUCAACUGCCUGCGCUACCCUCCCAACUGCCCGGAGGAGGCCUGCCACUGUCCCCAAGAGUGCGUGGCGAUUGGAGAGCUGGAGGGCCAGGAAGGAGCCGACACCUAUUGCAUGGACCAGUGCCUCAACUACAAGUCCGAGUGUCCUCCGGACAGAUGCCGCUGCUACUAAUUUUUACCAGCUCUACUGCUUCUACUACUUAUGCCAUUAUGCUACUAUGCUACUAUUCUACUAUCCUACUACCUAUACUACUACUAUCUAGUACUAUUAACGCUCCUAUGUAUUGCUACUGCCCCCCCAUUGCCCAGUGAUGUUGCAACCAAGGUGUACAAUGCGAGAUCCAAUGAAUUUGAAUUUGAUUUUGA